AUGCCACCGCCGCAUUACCGUUCGGAGCAGGCGCUUCCUUGGUACUGCAAGAGCUGCUGCGGGCCCUCGGGGAGACCGUGGUGGAAUCAUGCAGAGGCGCGGCAGUGUGCGAAGUGCAAGCUGGGCAAGGGACUGGUCUUCCACAGCGUGCGCCAGCCCUCGGCCCCCUCCCAGCGGAGGAAGGGCAAUCAGGGCGGCAGCGGCAACGGCUACUGGGACGACUCCGUCAAGGUGGCCAAGCUCAAGUCCGAGCUCGCCGAGGCCCGCAAGCGGCUUGCCGCUGUGCAGAGGCCGCCGCCUGGCGGGGAGGACGUGCAGAUGGAGCCGGCCGCGGACGGAGACGGCCCCGAGUCCGUCGCCAAGGACAGGCUACGCGAGGUCGGCGACCUCAUCGGCAAGCUCAAGGGCAUCUCCGAGCCGUCGGUCGUGGCCACGCGCGACAAGCUGCUGGCAGAGCAGGCCGAGCUGCGUGCUAAGGUGGCGGAGUCCCGACCGCUCGGACAGCGCUUGCGCGAGAUGGGAGCUCAGUUCACCAGGCUGCAGAAGCUGCGCGACGACCAGCAGACCAAGCUCGAUGGGCUGCAGGCGCAGAUGCGCGACCUGCAGGAGAAGGAACGGCUCACACGGGACAAGCUGGCGGCCCUCGACGCUAGCAUGGAGGAGCUGGACCAGGAGCGCAAGAGGCUUCAAGGGCAGGUUCCGACGCCUGGCGACAAGGCGUCGCUCGACGAGCCGAUCAAGGGGGUUGGUGCCACGCUCGAGGGCCUCGGGGUCUUGCUCCAGAGCCUGGGCGCCGAUCACCAGCUGUCGGGCAGCCUCACGGCGAGCUUCCAGGAGCUGCAGAGGUUGCAGGAGGAGGAGGCGGCAAAGUUGGCUGCCCAGAGGGCGCAGGCUGAUGCUGGGGCCGAGGCUGGUCCCGACGUCGAGCAGGCCGAGCGGCAGGACGACGCGGCAGCGCCUCGCACACCACAGCCAUCUGCCUACUCCGACGACCCUGAGUUCAUGGAGGAAGUCGUUGCGGCUGGGGGCGAGAAGCACAGGCUGGAGGAGAUCUUCAUGCGUUGGGGUGCCAAGGAACAUCAUGCCAAGGCCGAGGGCGAUGCUUUGGCGAAGUUGCAGAAUAAAGUAAGAGCUGCUGGGUACCAUGGUAUAUGGGAGCCCGCCCUACCUGGGCAGGGAGUUGGCAGCAGAGGCGGGGUUGCGGUGCUGGCCCCGCUGCGGGUGGUCAUCACCAAACCCCCAGGCCUGGACAGUCACGUGCUGCAGGAAGGCAGGAUGAUGGCGGCCCAUGUCCACGCUGGGGUGAAGGGCGGCUUCGUCAUGCUGUCGUGCUAUUUCAUUGUGGACGUCAAGCUGUCGCCCGAGAACCUGGCCAUGCUGUACAAGCUGUACCAGUAUGUCAGGUCGCUGGAGGCCAUGGGCGUUCCGUGGAUCGUAGGCGGCGGCUUCAACAUGGAGGUAGGCGAGCUCGGCCCGUUGUCCUGGCUCCAGUCGGCCAAUGGCGCGGUGCUGGCGCCGAGAGAGCCGACUUGUCUUCAGAGCCUUCCUGGCCGCACCAUUGACAUGUUCAUGGUUUCUUGCCGUUUGCUGCCUCGCGUUCGGCAACCAGUGGUCGUCGACGCGGAGACGUGGCCGCAUCUACCAGUGACCAUGGAGCUCUCCGCCACGGCUUUUGACGCGAAGGGCAUCACCAGGGCCUGGGACGUCGUGCUCAGCGGCAUCGAGUUCGAGCUGCGGGGCCGCUACGACGUCGUGAAGGACGUGGCGGGGUACUCCACGGUGCCAGGCCCCCCGACCUUCGAGCUGGCGAGUUUUCACCCUGUCGUGAAAGGUGCCUGGAGCAGGAGGUCGGCGGGCACCCAGGCCUGGGCGCAGGCUGCGCGCUGGGCUCGUCACCUCAGGAGGGUUCGAGUGGCCUUGCAGAGCUUCGUGCUCCAGCUUCGCCCGCAGCAGGUCUUCGAGCUCGGCAGCGUCGGCGAGGCGCACGUCGACGGAGUGCCUGGCCUGGGCGAUGGGGCACCCCCUGCUGCGGAGGACCUAUCGUGGGACGCCGUGCACUCCAAGGCGGCGCGCCACCUGCUGGAGUGCGAGAAUUUCUUCCAGAGAAUCUGGCGGAGGAAAGGAGUCUGGCCGCACCUGGACGCCGAAGCCGUCGGCUUCUUCUCGCGUGGCAUACUUGCCUUAGCGCAGGCAGACUUCGAGCAGCAGGUCGACCGCAUCCUGAGUAUCUCCUCCGAUGCUGAGGCCAAGCAUGAGAAGGCCGUGAUGCAGAGCUGGAGGCAGUGGGCGCAGGCAGCUUUUGUGGCUGGAGCCAAGGGGGCUCACCGAUUCAUGAACUCCAAGGCUCUCCAGGAGAUCGUGGACGGAGGCAAUGGGCUACAACAUGGGUACGUACUGGCUGAUCGUAAGCUUGAAUAUUGGGAAAGCUUCUGGGUGCGGCAUGGCGGUGAGCUGGCUCGCCGACCUGUUGAUGCUGACACUUGGGAGCAGCUGCCAAGGCUUGAGGCGGCCGACGUACUCAAGGCAAUCCGUUGUUUCUCUUGGCAGACAGGCGUCGGGCAGACCAACAUCGCGCCCAGGGCCAUGGAGCACCUCUCCCACGGGGCGCUGACGGCUAUGGCGCGCCUCUUCGAGCGGGGCGAGCACCUCCUGCUGUGGCCAGACGGCAGAUUCCUCUCGAAGCUCGUGAGACUCCCCAAGCCAGGGGGUGGGGAGCGCCUGAUUGUGCUGAUGAACACGCUGGUCAGGAUCUGGGGAAGGGCGAGGCGGCCUGUCUCGGCAGCGUGGGAGAAGGCCCAUGCGCUACCAGAGGUCUGGGGCCACACUGGAGGCAAGUCGUCGAGUGAUGCGGCCUUUGAUUUGGCGCUCACCAAGGAGAUGGCGACCCUGUGCGAUGAUGACGCCAUCAUUGUGCUGCUGGACAUGCUCAAAUGCUACGAGCUGGUCAGGGCGUUUCAGGGCAUCCUGGCAGGCUGCACCCACGCCACUACGCUUCUCAUGGUGUUGUUGACUCGCAGCAUUCGCCAGACGAUGUCGGUCGCUCCUCAGGUUCAGCCCAAGGACUUGGUGGACGACGUCGCGCUGUGCUGGGUCGGCAACGACCCGGGCGGGGUGCGAGAAAUGGCCAUUGCCACUCGUGCGUUCUGCAGGGCUGUCCGGCCCCUCGGGCUGGUGCUGCAGAUGGAUAAGUCUGGGCACCUAACGACGUCCAGGCGCACCAGCUACCACUUUCAGAAGUACGCUAGGCUGCUGAAGAUCGCUGGCACGAGGCACAUGCGGUAUCUUGGCCACGACCUAGCUGGGUCGUCGGCCACAAGGGCCGUGCAGAAGGGACGCCUGAAGGCCAUGCACGGAAAGAAGGCCAGCGUUCGAGCACAGCAGAAGGGAGCAGGACGACAGCGGGCGGCUCGGCUCUGGGCCACGGGUGUGCUGCCAUCCGUGGGGCACGGAGCCACGGUCAGCGGCAUCAGCGACACGGAGCUGCUGCAGAUGAGGACCAUGGCUGGCGUCUUCUGUGGCUACAAAGGGUCGGGCUCCCUGACGCUGUACCUGGCCGCGCAGCAGUGGAGCUUCGACCCCAUAUUCCUCGCUACCUUCAGCAUCGUGGGGCAGUACGCGGCGUGGGUGUGGGAUGGGCGUGUGACGCUCUCCCGACUGCAGCGGGCCUGGAUGGGCUUGCGUGACUCCUGGGAAGCCCGCCACACUCACGUCACGUGGGCCAGUGCGCAGGGCCCGCUGUCGGCUUUGUGGUUGUCCCUCAGGAGAGUCAACUGGUACAUGGCAAGUUCUACCAUCUUGGUGACGAUGAGGGCCUGCAUAUCAGUUUGCUGCAGUAUUGUCCCAGUGAGGUGCUGUUUUUCCUGCGUCGCAGCCUCGACCGUUGGCAGAGCCAUCGUAUCCUCGACCAGCUGCCUGAGGCGCCCCCUGCCGAUGGGGACGGCAGGGGCUCUGGCCAAGCUGCAGUCCAACGGUUUCUGGUCGCCGCAGCGCCGCAUGCAGGCUGGCUACGGCGGCGACGGUUCGUGCGAGUUCUGCGGGGAGGCCUGCUGCGACCUCGAGCAUGAGAUCUUCGGCUGCAAGGUUUUGCAUCAGCAGCAAGAGGACGAGGAGACGGAGCCGUACCCCGAGGAGGUGGCCAAGAGGAGGAAGGACAUCCUGGAGGCAGCCCCGUGGCGCGACGGGGGCCAGGUGCAGGACUUCUCGGCCAUCGACGUGCUCUACGCGCUGCCCCUGAGGCCUGUUUUCAGGCCGCUGCCUGCACGUGCUCAGGCUGAGCGCGAGUGGGGGGCGAUCGACAUGCCGUGGCCGUCGAAGUUGUACGGGGACGGGUCCUGUCUUGAAAGUGAUUUCCCUGAGGAACGGCGCUGUGGCUGGGCCGUCGUAGCAUUGGCCCGAGACCUGUGGCCAUACAAAGCUUUGUUCGGGAGCCUGGGGGGCCCUAUCCAGACGGUGCCCAGGGCCGAGCGCGUUGCUGGUCUCAAGGCCCUGCAGAGGGCCCAGAGGCCAGCCACGUACGUGACUGAUCAUUUACAGCUGCAGGUCGAGGGAAUGGCCUGGGAGGGUCGCCAUGCUUCUGCCAGAGCGCCUCACGCGUCCAUCUGGCGGAGCAUCCACGAGCUGUAUAGAGGCGACCCUGUCAGGCCCGUGUUUGUUUGGACGAAGGCCCAUCGGACCGUCAUCGAGGGGUUUGAUGCCUGCCUGGCUUCCCAGGAGCCCCUGGAGCAUUUUUUCGGUAAUAUGUGGGCUGAUGUGUUCGCCCGCGUGGCUGCGGCAGAUUUCCUUGGAUCCACCUCCGUGGUCAAG